AUUCAUAAUGACCAUCUGUGAGUUCCUCUGAGAUGCUUCCAGAGAAGUAAGCUGCUCUUCCUCCUCCGUGUCCUGCCCCUUAAACUGCAUCCACUUCUGAUAAUUUGCCUACUCUAUCCGUACGAUACCACUAUAUCCGCAUCCUCGUCUUCUGAUAAAGUUCAGACAUUGCCCCGCCAAACAUCCCACUUCCUGUCAUCGAGGUGUUAGUCCGGCCGAACAAUCACCCCGCCAUCACGUCCUGCGCCCCCCUUGCCGCCCUACCAAAGUACACAUCUGUAUAUUUUAUACCCUCAACAGACUCUCUGGGAUAAACAAUAUCUUUUGCACAUAAUCUUCCCUGAUCGCCUCCCAACACCACCAACAUGCCCGUUGUCAGUCCAGAGAAGCUGGCAAAGCUCCAGCAAAACGCCGAUGAUGUACGAAAUAUUUGCAUCCUCGCUCAUGUGGAUCACGGCAAAACCUCACUGACCGACGCCCUCCUCGCUACAAAUGGCAUCAUCUCACCAAAAUUGGCCGGCAAGAUACGGUAUCUCGAUUCCCGGCCAGACGAGCAGCUCAGGGGCAUCACCAUGGAAUCGUCAGCCAUUUCGCUCUACUUCUCCAUGCUUCGAAGGUCAACCGCUGAGGCCGCCCCGGAGCAAAAAGAAUACCUUAUCAACCUCAUCGACUCGCCUGGUCACAUAGACUUCAGCAGUGAGGUCUCUACGGCUUCCCGGUUAUGUGACGGUGCCGUUGUUCUAGUCGAUGCAGUUGAGGGCGUCUGCAGCCAGACAGUCACAGUCCUGAGGCAAACUUGGACGGAGAAACUCAAGCCACUACUUGUCAUCAACAAAAUCGACCGCCUCGUCACGGAGCUGAAGAUGACACCGGGGGAGGCAUACAUCCAUCUAAGCAAGCUUCUCGAGCAGGUCAAUGCCGUGCUGGGCAGCUUCUUCCAGGGCGAACGCAUGGAGGAAGACCUCAACUGGCGUCAGAGGAUGGAGGCUCGCGUUGCUGCCGCCGCUGCAAAAGAGGCCAGGGUUGCGGACCAGCUGACCGACUCUGGGGAACUCCAGUUUCACGAGAGAGAUGAUGAGGAGCUCUACUUUGCCCCAGAGAAGAACAACGUCAUUUUCGGCAGCGCCAUCGACGGCUGGGCUUUCACAGUACGGCAAUUCGCCAGUUUGUACGAAAAGAAACUGGGUAUCAAACGCAAUGUCUUGGAAAAGGUUCUCUGGGGAAAUUUUUAUCUGGAUCCAAAGACAAAGAAGGUGCUUGGGGCCAAGCAUCUAAAGGGCCGGCCCUUGAAGCCCCUUUUCGUCCAAUUGGUUCUCGACCAGAUAUGGGCCGUCUAUCAGGCCACCGUUGGCGGCGACAACGGAAAGGGCGACGCCAACCUCCUCGAGAAGAUCACCAAAUCCCUCAAUAUCACCAUUCCUCCUCAUAUCCUCCGCUCGCGAGACCCCAAACUCCUUCUUACGACCGUCUUCGCCUCGUGGCUCCCCGUCUCUGUUGCCGUGUUGGUCUCGGUCGUGGAAUCACUUCCAUCCCCAAGGGCAGCGCAGGCUGAGCGCUUCCCGCUGCUGCUGGAAGACGUACCGGGAGCAGACCACAUUGAUUACAAAGUCAAAGAUGCCAUCAUUUCGUUCGGAAAGGCGCCGUCAGAUCCAGUCAUAGCCUACGUGAGCAAGAUGGUAUCCGUCAAGGAGAGCGAACUCCCCGAAAACAAGCGACGCGGACCCAUGAGUGGCGAGGAGGCACGGGAACUCGCCAGGAAAAAGCGCGCCGAGGCGGCGCUCGCACAAGGGACCAUGAAUGGCGGUAAUGAUAUGGAUGCUCUGACCACAGCCUUAUCUGGGGCGGCGCUAGAACAAGAUGUUCCCGAGGAUGGCGAGAAGGAGGCGGAGCCGGAGCACCUGAUCGGAUUUGCACGCAUCUACUCCGGCACGCUAUCUGUGGGCGACGAGAUCUACGUCAUCCCACCAAAGUUCUCACCAGCUCACCCGUUUGUCCAGCCGGUACCCAAGAAGGUGAAGGUGACAGCCCUCUACAUGCUGAUGGGUCGAAAUCUGGAGGCCCUUGACUCCGUUCCGGCUGGCGUGGUCUUUGGCAUCCGUGGGCUCGAGGACAGCGAUCUCCUCAAAUCAGGUACUCUCUGCAGCCAGCUAGAAGGAGCAGUCAACCUGGCAGGCAUCGCCAACUUACAGGGCCGUCCGAUCGUACGCGUCGCCUUAGAGCCUGUCAACCCGGCCGACCUGGACAAGAUGAUCAAGGGGCUUCAUCUACUCGUCCACAGCGAUCCGUGUGCGGAGUAUGAGCAGUUUGCCAGUGGCGAGCACGUCCUACUGACUGCCGGUGAACUGCAUCUGGAGCGCUGCCUGACAGACUUGCGAGAGCGGUUUGCAGGUUGCGAGAUCCAAGCGGGUGCUCCAAUCGUGCCAUACCGGGAAACCAUUGUCCGCGCGGAGGAAAUGCGCCCUCCUGCCAACAAGGAACUCGGCCGUGGCGUGGUUGUAGGCGUUACAAGCUCUAAGCAAGUAACUAUCACCUUGCGGGUGCGGCCGUUGCCCCGAGACGUCACCGACUUCCUAGUCAAAAAUGCGGCUGGUGUCAAGCAAUUGUAUUCCGAUCGCAAGGCUGCCGAGGAAGGCAGUGACGGGUCUCACUCUCCUCCCCCUGGGCUGGGCUCAGAAAACGGUGCUUCCCAAGAGGACUCUGCCGAGGCCGACGACGAGCUCUCCGCAGCCCGCAAAGCUCUCUCCCCCGAGGAGCUCAGCAGAGAACUCCAAUCCCAAUUCGACAGCGAAAAAGGCCGCCUCGACACCUGGAAGGGAAUCGUCGACCGCAUCGUCUCCUUUGGUCCGCGCAGAACGGGACCCAACAUCCUCAUCGACGCCACCAAAGACCAAUUCUUCCCCAAAGCCUUCUCUCCCAAUUCCGCCGCCAAUCUCAACAGCCGCCCGGCCGCCAACGAAUCCAUCAACCCGCACCACUUCUCCGACAAGAUUAUCUACGCCUUCCAGCUGGCCACCCACCAGGGCCCAUUGUGCCUCGAGCCGGUCCAAGGGAUAGCCGUCUUCAUCGAGGACGUAUCUAUUACGCACUCCUCCUCCUCAACAACAACCGACAGCGAAGACGCCGCCAUCCUAGCGCGCGACCAUCUGGGCCGUCUAACGGGCGAAGUCAUCAAAACAGUCCAACAGGCCAUCCACAAGGCCUUCCUCGACUGGUCGCCGCGCCUGAUGCUAGCCAUGUACUCGUGCGAAAUUCAAGCCUCCACCGAAGUCUUAGGCCGCGUCUAUGACGUCCUUACCCGCCGGCGCGGGCGCGUACAAUCCGAGGCCAUGAACGAGGGCACGCCCUUCUUCACGAUCCAGGCCCUCCUCCCCGUGGCCGAGUCGUUCGGUUUCGCCGACGACAUGCGCAAGCGGACGUCGGGCGCGGCGCAGCCGCAGCUCAUCUUUGCCGGGUUCGAGAUCCUGGACGAGGACCCCUUCUGGGUGCCCUUCACCGAGGACGACCUCGAGGACCUGGGCGAGUACGGCGACAAGGAGAACGUGGCGAAGCGGUACAUGGACGGGGUGCGGCGGCGCAAGGGCUUGCUGGUGGAGGGCCGGAACGUCGCGACGGAUGCGCAGAAGCAAAAGACCUUGAAGCGGUAGUUUUCAAGGGGUCCCUUUGUCAGACUUGAUAGCUACGCGAGAUCUAGACUGUGCAGGUACAGUCCAGGUUCAACUCGAAUUUAGCAAUUGCGAUUCACUUUGAGACGCGAAAGGACCUCUCAUCACACUAAGUACUUUCAAAGAUUCAUAACCUG